CCAGAUGCCUUAUAAGAAGCAGUGCAGAUCUACAGCAGCCACAGAAGACUCAUUCUCUCAACUGAGAAGCAUCUUGCAUCAUCUGAAAAUGAGAGUGCUCAGUGUCGUCCUUGUCUUGGUGCUGUGUGCCUGCACAGGAGCUCUGGGUGUGCAGGUUAAAGUUGGAGACAUGACUUUCCCCUUGGAGGCAGUGAAGCAGCUGAAGGAGCUGACGGACUUAGACGACAACGUGAGCCCUCACCUCGCCGAGACCAGCAUCGUAGCCGUGUGCAGCAACCCCAUCCUGCCGCAGGUCUUUCGGCCAGUGUGUCAGGAGAGGGGAGCGGGCAUUGUCUUCUCUACACUAAUGUUUAUGAUCACGCCUGUGGAUCCAUGUGAAAUAUGCGCCUACCCCGCCUGCACUGGGUGUAUGAUCUAAGACUGCCAUCUGCUAGAAACACAAAGUCGACUGAGAGCCUCUGGGGCUGUCGUCCUCCACAAGUCUUCCCCAUUUAUAUGUAUGAACUUUGGCAAAACACGUCCCGUCACGUAGCAGCCGAGCUCCACGGCUCUUAUGGCUUAGUGGUCCACUUACUCCAUUUUAAUAGGUAAAUAAGUUAUUUAUCUUUUUUAUAUGUGUUGGUAGAUGCUGAUGAUACAAACAUAUAUCCUCUGUUCCGUAGUGCUUGCUUUUAUAUUGAACUUUAUAAUAAAAAAUGUAUUUUCUUUGCAUCCUUGGAAGCAGUUUUUUUUGUUUUUAGAGAAUACAGUCAGUGGUCAACUCAGAUUGUUUUAAAUAUUCCAAAUAUAUUAUCAGAUUAUUAUUAUUAUUAUUAUUGAUGCAUUUAUGUAAGCAACAUUUAAAUUUUCUACCGGUGGGGCUCAUUUUAACUAC